AUGCCGAUUUCAAGUGGUUUCUCACAAGAUCCAAAUAUAAAUUAUUAUGUUCGUAGGCCUGGUAAAACAGAGCUUUUAGACGAAGCAAUUUAUUACAAGCGUGAUGAACCUUUUGAACGACCUGUUGAGGAGACAGUUUUUAUGCCAGAUCGCAAACCACCUCCCUUAGCUUCUACACGAGACAUGUAUGCAGUCUCUCCUGAACCGAGACCAACGAUAUAUACAACAACAUCAAAUGCUGCUCCGUCUACUUCAUUCAAUCUCAUUCGAGCUUUAGGAUUGAAUGCUGAUUGUCCAUGUUGGGCAUGGUUAUGUAUUGUUUUUAGCUUUAUCCUAUUACUUGGUCUUAUUGGCAUGUGUUUAUAUUUUAUUCUUGAACGCGAAGGAUAUAUCUAA